CUCCCCCUCUUCCUACUUGCUAACUCCACGGCGGUGAGGAGCAACUGACGGCCAGGUAGACAUUACUAUCACAUGCACACAUACACUUAGUCCACUUAAGUUUAUUGAGGAGGAAGAGAAGGAGGAGGAGGAGACCACAGGUAAACUUUCUGUCCCCUGACUCCUGGCUGACUUGGAUAACCACACAUACCUGUGAGCUUCACUGGAGAAUGUAGCUGCAGCCUUAAAGCCAAACCGCAGGACACACGCCAUCAUGGGAGAAGCUCAAAAGCAGGGCUUACUCUCAGUCAUUCAGAAACUGAAAGGGGCCACAGAGCAGGAGCUAAGGAUAGUGCUGCUGGGCCUGGACAACGCCGGCAAGACCACCCUGCUGAAGAGUCUCGCCUCGGAAGACGUUAACACCAUCACACCCACACAGGGUUUUAACAUAAAGAGCGUGGCCUCUCACGGCAUGAAACUAAAUGUGUGGGACAUUGGGGGACAGAGGAAGAUCAGGCCCUUCUGGAAAAAGUACCUGGAAAACACAGACCUGUUGAUCUAUGUUAUCGACAGCGCAGACAAGAAGCGGUUUGAGGAGACUGGACUGGAGCUGUCCGAACUGAUCGAUGAGGAGAACCUAAAAGGUGUUCCCGUGCUUGUCUUCGCCAACAAGCAGGAUCUGGCUACGGCGUCACCGGCCAGUGAGAUCGCUGAGGGGCUCAACCUGCACACGUACCGGGACCGGGAGUGGCAGAUUCAGGCGUGCUCAGCCGUGUCGGGGGAGGGAGUUCAGGAUGGGAUGAACUGGAUUUGUAACAACAUUGUAAAUAAGAAGAAAUGAACCAGCCGCUCUGACCACGUCGACCAGGGUGGUACAGACAAUCGGCAUCACCGCUAUUUUUACACGACCUGGCUGUGAUGAUAUUUAUGUGAUGGAUCAAGAAAACAUUUCAUCUCACAAAGUUUUCAGAUCAGCUAUAAUGUUUCAAUUUGAGAAGAUCCUGCCUCCCCUCACAGAUUUGAAUGAUCGUUUGUUUUUAUGUUUUCUUUCAUUUUUAUGAACAUUUACAAACAUAGCCACUUCAAUGAAAUUCUUUAGCUGCAGCAAAUGAAUUAGGCACUAAUUAAUCACCAUUUUAUGAUUUAAAUGUAUGUUUUUAUUUUCCUUAACACCCCUCCUCUGGAGAAUCUGUGUGCUUUCUUACUUAUGUUACCCACGGUGAGAGAACCAAACUGAGUGUGUAGCCAUGUCACGCUGUUGGGGUUAGGCACUUACAUAGAAACCAGUCCCGUGUGAGUGCAAAGCAUGUGUGUACUGUGUUGAAGUGUCUUGAGAUUUUUGACAAUAAAAGAAUUAGUCAUUUCUGCCA